CGGCUGCGAGCGCACAGGUUGCAUUUCAGGACAUGCAGUCAGCGCCGCUCCGCAGCGCCCCGCUCCGGCCUGCGGUUGCACUGCGAGGAGAAGCUGUGCGCGACCGGUGAGCGACUGCCGCUGAAGAGACGACACCGCUGUCUGCACUCAGCCUGACCUGUGACUCUAAUGGAGUACAUGAACAACGCUUCGAACAGCUACAGUUCUGGAGACACCAUGAGCAGCUCCUUAGCCAACAUGACCAUCAAGGAUCAGCACCACCAGGAGAACGGCGUUAAAAUGAAAGAGGACGAAGCAGCGCUCAGUGAAAACAGCGUGAAAUCUGAACUCUGUGAGCCAGAGAGCAGCCGGUGUGAUGACGCGGUGCAGCCCGCAGAGAUGGCUGCAGAGGAAGGAGGCGCUGAAGAUACAGAGACCGCCUCGUGCACAGACGAGGGGCAACUCGCAGCAGGAGGAGCAGCUUCAACAGCUCAAGCAAAGAUGGAUAACGGCGAUAAGACUCAAACUGCCACCACACCAACCUCUUCCCCUAAAAGACCAUCCAUAACCACCAAGGGCAACAAAUCACCCGCAUCCUCCCGAAACGGCCACAGCUCGAUCCCCAUUAAAGUCAGCAGCACAGGGCCCAGGCAGCCCGGAAGCGGUGCAAAGUCUCAAACUCCAGGGGCCAAAACAUCUGCCAAAACUGCACCAGCUAGUGCCAAGAAACCCCCCACUCCAAAAGAUGAAAAAGAUGCCAAGAGUGGACAGAGCAGCCCUGGCACUCCCAAAUCCCCUGCUAGCCAGUCAAAUUCUGCUGAGGCCAACAAAGUGAAGAAGGUUGCUGUGGUGCGCUCCACACCCAAAUCCCCGGGCUCGAUGAAGAGCCGCCAGCCGGCUCCUCUGGCCGCCGCGGCGCCGCUGCCGGACCUGAAGAACGUCAAGUCCAAGAUCGGCUCCACGGAAAACAUCAAACAUCAGCCUGGGGGUGGGAAGGUACAAAUCCUUGAUCAGAAGUUGGACUUUAGUAAUGUGCAGUCUAAGUGUGGCUCCAAAGGCAAUAUCAAACAUGUACCCGGUGGCGGCAAUGUUAAAAUCCUCGAGAAGAAGCUGGACUUAACCAACGUCCAAGCCCGCUGCGGUUCUAAAGACAACUUAAAGCACACACCUGGCGGAGGCAAGGUGCAAAUUCUUGAUAAGAAGUUGGACUUAAGCAAUGUGCAGUCCCGCUGUGGCUCCAAAGAUAAUAUAAAACAUGUACCCGGUGGUGGCAAUGUCCAAAUCGUGCACAAAAAGAUCGAUCUGAGCAACGUUACUUCCAAGUGUGGAUCGAAGGCCAACAUUCAUCACAAGCCGGGUGGUGGAAAUGUUGAGAUCAAAAACGAGAAGCUGGAGUUUAAAGUCCAGUCCAAAGUCGGCUCUCUGGAUAACAUCGGCCACAUUCCUGGAGGCGGACAGAGAAAGAUUGAGAGCCACAAGCUGAACUUCCGUGAGACGGCCAAGGCCCGCACCGACCACGGCGCCGAGAUCAUCUCUUUGGAAGACUCCCCCCACCAGCUGAGCACCGUGUCCUCCUCCGGCAGCAUCAACAUGGCCGACUCUCCGCAGCUCUCCACGCUGGCCGACCAGGUCUCCGCCUCCCUGGCCAAACAAGGCUUGUGAACGCGCCCGCUCUCCGGUCUCCACCUCGACCGCACGACCACGUAGAGGAGUUGUGAUGCCUUCCUCGUUACUUUCACAGGACUUUUUUUUUUUUUUCACCCAUCACUGUUUAUCCUCCACUAACCUUUAAACUCCUGUUGAGGCGUUACUGUUAGAGGUCUGCAGAAAAGAAGCCAGAUUAAUGUAUUUAAUAUCUCUCUGUGGUCUUUGAUCUCUACUUGCUUUAAUUUGAACCUUUUGUAAGUGUCCCUUUAAGAGUUGAAGCACCCCAGCAGAGUGAAUCCUCCCUCUGAGGAUCUCCUUACACCUCCUAUAGAUCACACUCGGUUUCCCAUCCCAGUGACUGAGCGUCAGCUCGUCCACUCAUUCUUUUUAUUUAUUUAUUUUUUGAUAAAAAGCACUGAACCAUGAACAUGGAGGUUAAUGCAGACUG